AUGGGCACCACAGCAUCAAUAGUAGCUGCCACUCACCCACCCGGCCCGGUUGUCCUUGCACUCCCGCCACCGGUUGUCGUUUCUGGUCCGCGCUUGGUCUUUGACAUUGUCCGCAACAACUGGAUCCCGCCCGUAGUCACGCAGCCGGCGAAAGAUGCGGCGAGUCCGACUCGGCACAGUUCCGGAGGAAAGGAGGAGGUCAGGGAGGAGGAGACCGGCGGAGGCGGUGACGAUGGUGAGAAAGCCGGCGACGGCACCGCACAGCACUACUGGCGCAAGUACGGCGAGAAGACCGUGACAAGCAGGCCAUAUCCCCGCUCGUACUACCGGUGCACCCACCCGGGAUGUCCGGCCAAGAAGACAGUCGACGUGCUCAGCCGAUCGCCCGCCGGCGAGAACCUCGAGGUCGUCGAGAAGCACCGCGGAGAGCACACCCAUCCGCCGACAACUCUUGCUGAUCGCCUGGCGCGGACCCGCCGCCCGUCGCGAUUCGACAUGCCGUCGGCAGACAACGAGGCUGCCGAGAGCGCGCCGGGCAGCAAUCCGCUCGCCGCCAGCCCUGGCGAUCUUCCGCCAGCCGCCGCCGCCGCCGCCUGGUCCGGCUCAGCUGCCGCCGCGAGACUCGAGACCGCCGCGGCUGCCCUUGAGCGGAUGAUCCGCUCCAUGGUUGCGCAGUACCUUGCAAACAGCACCAGCGAUGGCUACGGCUGGAAGCCGGUGGCGUUGCAGAUGCUGCUUGAUGCCGCCGACGCGCCCUUUCUGCGCAGCGCACUGACCGACGCGCUCGCAGCUCCGGCCCCGCCGUCGCACUCCCCGCAGCGGUUCUUUGCCAACGUCGUGGCGCGCACGCUACCACCGCUCGAGUUUGUCUGCGCCAGCAGCACUGCAGAGACUGCCUGCCCGGCGUCCAAGACCGCACGCUGGCGCCUGCGGAUCAGCGGCGCGCUCGAGGCCUCCGCCGUUGUCGUCGAUGUCUCGUACGCACGACACCACAGCCAUCCGGCACCGCCGACCAGAGCGAGCGGACCUAGCCGCAAGCGCAAGGAGCCGCCCAUGUAGCUGCUUCCAUUACAUAUCACGUCC